AUGUACCAUGUGGAACUACAGCGAAAAGAAAUCAAACUCUCAAAGGGUAAAUAUGAAGAGACGGAUCUAGGCAAUGGCACUGAGAUUCAAUACAAAAUAAGGAAGGUCGGCUUGUAUCUGGUCGUAGAGUCUGACAUUGGUUUGGCAGUGAUGUGGGAUCGCAAAACAACUGUUCGCAUCCUACUGGAACCGCAGCACAGCGGAGAGGUUUGUGGCCUCUGUGGAAAUUUUGAUGGUGAUGGACAGAAUGACUUCACCACCUCCGGUCAGCUGGUUGUGAGCAAUCCAUUAGAAUUUGCCAACAGCUGGAAAGUGUCCAGCAACUGCCCAGAUGUGGAAGUGAAUGUUAAUCCUUGUGAAGCAACACCAAAUCGACAUCACUGGGCAAAAAUGAAGUGCAGCAUUAUAACUGGACAAACAUUCAAAGACUGCCACAACCAGGUUGAUCCCCGUCCAUUUCAUGACAACUGCGUGAAAGACUCGUGUGCCUGUGACUCUGGAGGAGACUGCGAGUGUUUCUGCACAGCUGUUGCAGCUUACGCUCAAGCUUGUAAUGAGGCCGGUGUUUGUGUUGCAUGGAGAACUCCAGACAUCUGUCGCUGUUACCCUGUAUGCCCAGAAGAUAAACCUAUAUUUAAUGAGAAGAACCAGACAUCAGAGGACCAGUCAAGACCUCCACGAAAGUGCUUUGACUACAAAAUCAGAGUAUGUUGUGAAGUAAAUAUAUGUGGAUCGACAAUUCCAAGUACAGGCUUAACCCCAACCACGACAAUCACCACAUCAACAUCCCAACCUCCUACCACAACUGUAGGUCCAACCACAACAUCUACAACUCCAAAAACCCAACCUCCUACUACAACUGCAGGGCCAACAACAACCACAACAUCUACACCUCCAACAACCCAACCUCCUACUACAACUGCAGGUCCAACCACAACAUCUACACCUCCAACAACCCAACCUCCUACUACAACUGCAGGUCCAACAACAACCACAACAUCUACACCUCCAACAACCCAACCUCCUACUGCAACUGCAGGUCCAAAAACAACCACAACAUCUACACCUCCAACAACCCAACCUCCUACUACAACUGCAGGUCCAACAACAACCACAACAUCGACAACUCCACCAACCCAACCUCCUACUGCAACUGCAGGUCCAACAACAACCACAACAUCGACACCUCCAACAACCCAACCUCCUACUACAACUGCAGGUCCAACAACAACCACAACAUCGACAAAUCCAACAACCCAACCUCCUACUACAACUGCAGGUCCAACCACAACAUCUACAACUCCAACAACCCAACCUCCGACUGCAACUGCAGGUCCAACAACAACCACAACAUCGACAACUCCAACAACCCAACCUCCUACUACAACUGCAGGUCCAACCACAACAUCUCCAACUCCAACAACCCAACCUCCUACUACAACUGCAGGUCCAACCACAACCACAAGAUCAACACCACCAACAACCCAACCUCCUACUACAACUGCAGGUCCAACAACAACCACAACAUCUACACCUCCAACAACCCAACCUCCUACUACAUCUGCAGGUCCAACAACAACCACAACAUCGACAACUCCAACAACCCAACCUCCUACUACAACUGCAGGUCCAACAACAACCACAACAUCUACACCUCCAACAACCCAACCUCCUACUACAACUGCAGGUCCAACAACAACCACAACAUCUACAACUCCAACAACCCAACCUCCUACUAUAACUGCAGGUCCAACCACAACCACAACAUCUACACCUCCAACAACCCAACCUCCUACGACAACUGCAGGUCCAACAACAACCACAACAUCUACACCUCCAACAACCCAACCUUCUACUAUAACUGCAGGUCCAACCACAACCACAACAUCUACACCUCCAACAACCCAGCCUCCUACUACAACUGCAGGUCCAACAACAACCACAACAUCUACAACUCCAACAACCCAACCUCCUACCAACCAAACCUCCUACGACAACUGUCCAACAACAACCACAACAUCUCCAACUCAAACAACCCAACCUCCUACUACAACUGCAGGUCCAACCACAACAUCUACACCUCCAACAACACAACCUCCUACUACAACUGCAGGUCCAACAACAACCACAACAUCUACACCUCCAACAACCCAACCUCCUACUACAACUGCAGGUCCAACCACAACCACAACAUCUACAACUCCAACAACCCAACCUCCUACUACAACUGCAGGUCCAACCACAUCAACAACCACAACAUCUUCACCUCCAACAACCCAACCUCCUACUACAACUGCAGGUCCAACAACAACCACAACAUCUACAACUGCAACAACCCAACCUCCUACUACAACUGCAGGUCCAACAACAACCACAACAUCUACACCUCCAACAACCCAACCUCCCACUACAACUGCAGGUCCAACAACAACCACAACAUCUACAACUCCAACAACCCAACCUCCUACUACAACUGCAAGUCCAACCACAACAUCUACACCUCCAACAACACAACCUCCUACUACAACUGCAGGUCCAACAACAACCACAACAUCUACACCUCCAACAACCCAACCUCCUACUACAACUGCAGGUCCACCAACAACCACAACAUCGACAACCCCAACAACCCAACCUCCUACUACA